AUGGGAUUUAGAGUAGAAAAGGGUGGCACUUCAUUCCUUCCUAAACUCAAAAAUCAUUGGAAAAAUCUAGCAGCGCAACAAUAUUUAGAAAGAAAAGAAGAAGCAAGAAAGAGAACAUUAGAACAAGCAGCCAAAAGGGAUAGGAGAGCAACUUCAAGAAUUCUGUUAACCCUCACUUCAUCAUCAAAGAUUCCUAUUGAUCAUAAUUUGAUGAAUGAUUUAGACGGUGAAGAGAUCUCACGUCAAAAUUCUCCAAAAUCUAUAAGCUUGACUACAUCAUCUCAAGCUAGUAGGAAAAACUUACUCUCGUUGAUUAAGUUUAAGAAGGUGUCAACGCAAAGUCAAUCUGUCAGCGGGAACCGGAGUGUUCAACUGCCAUCCAAUUCAGGUUCUCGGGAGACUGGUUUGGAGGUAUCUAACACUCAGAACAGCAGAGACUUAGGAAGUCUUAUUCAGAAGGACAAUUCCCCGCAAAAUUCUUCGAAUGCACAGAUAGCUCCUAGAUCUAACCCAGCGCCAUCAUCGCUAGCUCCAACUGCUACAUUGGUCUUCCAUCCUGAUUCCGGCCUCAGUCCUAUUGGCAAUCAGCCAACAAACUCAGCUACUUCAACCGCUCCUGGAAUUGCACCUGUGAUUUCCUUCCCGGUGGGUUCAGCCCCAACCAUUCCUUCAGUUACUAUGCCAGCUUCAAACCCUAGUGCUGUAGCUUCAAGUUCAAUCUCACUGACUCACCCAGUCGCAAUCCUUUCAAAGAAAGAUAAGAAAGCGGCAAAGAAGGCUGCCUAG